CGUCUCACCCUUUGCAUCUGCAUCCCAGCGAAGCCGUUGAUGUGGCUACCUCUAGCGCAAGAAGCUAAGGGCCUGCAGCUCGAUACCGCCUCGCCGCUCUUUGUAUCGCCUUGCAAUAAACACUCGCCGACCUUUGACACUCAUUCUCGUCUUCUAUCCAACUCGCACAGGCCAGGUGUUCAGCCGGCGUCUUACAUGCUUCAGAGCUCAAUCGACCACACACUCAUCAACAACAUGAUCUUCAGAGAGUCAGAAUCCAACAACAUGGGACGCGGUGCCUACGACACCACUGGCACACCCAAGCCUCCUCCACCACCGCCCAAAUAA